GUUUGUUUCUAAUCAAAAUGUUGCAACUUCCAACUUUGCCGUUAAGUCCUAAGAGCAAGGUUGUGAUCCCUGCUUAGUAAUAUCAACGCAAGCUGCAUAUGUGGUCGAAACUCUUGACACAUACAUGUAAUUAAAAAUUUAAAAUAAACAAAGUACACAGGAAGUUACAUAAAUGACAAACAAGAUCAUAGGAGAUAAAACACACACAUGGAUGAGUUAGCCUUCAAAGUUCAAACUCUUUAACAAAAAAACUCUCACAAUGGCAGAAUGGCAUUUUGGUCUCUAUUCAAAAACUCCUCCUAUGGUCUCUUAUGCAAGAAGGGUAACCAUUUUGUUCUUCCCCUUGCUGAUAGUCAUAGUCAGGGUCCCUUUUACAGUUCCUCAACCUGUGUCUUAUGAUUACCCAAAUUUUAAUCAUACUUAUGUGGAACAGCCAGUGUUGGAAGGUGAAGCUUCUAUUGUAGAUUCUGACUCUGUGAUCCGAAUCACUGGGAAACCACAUAAUGGUUCAGGUGUUGGUAGAGUCACAAUUCCCAAACAUGUUCAACUUUGGGACAAGAUCUCUAAUGAACUGAAUGACUUCACCACCAAGUUUUCCUUUGUUAUCUUUUCAAAUGAAACCUAUUUUGGAGAUGGUUUGGCAUUUUUUCUAGCAAGCCCUGAUCUCCCAAAGGCACUUGACAUAGGUGGUGGAGGAGGCUUUGGUAUUUUGCCUGAAAAUGAAACUGUCUCAACUGAGUAUUCAUUUGUGGCAGUGGAGUUCGACACUCACACAAAUACAUUGGAUCCAGAUGGGACUCAUGUGGGAGUGGAUAUCAAUUCUGUGAGAUCUAACAGAUAUUUACAAUGGAUGGCAGAUAUUUCACAAAGGAUAGUUUAUAAUUGUACAAUUGAGUACAGUUCAAGGGAAAAUCAUCUAAACGUUUCUUUCACUGGGCACAGCUUGAAUGAAGGGAUGGUACACCAGCACUUUUCAUACCACAUUGAUCUGAGGGAGAAUUUACCUGAGUAUGUUAUUGUUGGCAUAACAGCUUCAACAGGAUUGAACAGAGAGGAACAUACUUUGCUGUCAUGGUCAUUUAGCACAAGCCCUCCUAGUAAUGAUGAUGAUCCUAAGAAGGGAAGCAAGUUCAUCAACAACAGAAAAUUGUUGGAGGGUAUAGGAAUUGGUGUAGGUUUGGCUUUGAGUUUAACAGGAUUGAUUCUCACUGUGCUAUGGAAUGUGAAUAAAGAAAAAGAAGAAGAAUCACCCACUUCAGACACUAUCUCUGACCUGAGGAUGGAUGAUGAGUUCAUAAUGAGUAUUGGACCUAAGAAGAUUAAUUACUAUGAAUUGGCAACUGCAACAAACAACUUUGAAGAGACACAGAAGCUUGGACAAGGUGGUUUUGGUGGUGUUUACAAAGGCUAUUUUAGAUGCUCAAACUCCUUUGCUGCUAUAAAGAAGAUAUCAGCAGAUUCAAAACAAGGCAUAAAGCAAUACGCGGCAGAAGUGAAGAUCAUAAGCCAACUGAGGCAUAGGAAUUUGGUGAAACUCACAGGUUGGUGCCAUAAGAGGACUGAAUUAAUCCUGAUAUACGAGUACAUGCCGAACGGAAGCUUAGAUUCUCAUCUUUUUCGCGGAAAAAGCGUCUUGUCGUGGGAGGUGAGGUACAACAACAUAGUUCGGGGGUUGGCCUCAGCAUUGCUCUACUUGCAGGAAGAAUGGGAGAAAUGUGUGAUUCACAGGGACAUUAAAUCAAGCAACAUCAUGUUGGACUCAAACUUCAAUGCUAAGCUUGGGGAUUUUGGACUAGCUACCCUAGUUGAUCAUGAGAAAGGGGCACAAACCACUGAUGUGGCUGGGACAAUGGGUUACCUUGACCCUGAAUACAUAAACACUGGGAAAGCUGGUAAGGAAUCUGACAUUUUCAGUUUUGGGGUUGUUUUGUUGGAGGUAGCCACUGGAAGAAAAGCAAGUCACCACCAUGACAUGGAGGGUCAAGUUUCACUAGUUGAGUGGGUUUGGGAGCUAUAUGAAUUCAGAAAUCUCAUGGCAGCAGCUGACCCUAACUUAUGUGGGGCUUUUAAUGUGCAGCAAAUGGAGCUUGUGCUGGUUGUGGGGCUUUGGUGUGCUAAUCCAGAUUUCAAAUCAAGGCCAUGUAUAAGGAAAGUGAUUAAAGUGCUAAACUUUGAAGCUUCAUUGCCAAUUUUACCACAGAAAAUGCCUCACCUUGCUCUUCGCUCUCCAACAACAAAUGAGCAUUUUAUCUCAGUUUCAUCUUCCUUUUCUUCAGUUUCAUUAGAAUUAGACAGAAAUUAG